AUGAGCGGACCGCUGGCAGUGGCUAUGCGUUCCAUUGAGUUGGUGGAGAAGAGUUGCUCAGCUGCAAAGGAAGCUGAUGCGAAUGAUCUGGAGGCUCCCCGUGUUGAGAUUGGCAUCUUCGGCCUCACGGGCCUGGACUCUAAGUCCCCGCGCUCGCGGUCCAAGGGCCGGCCGCUAGUGCCGCCCGGCGAGGAGUCGGCGGCGCGGCAGUCGCGGCUCCGGCAGUUGGAGGAUGCGGUCCGCGGGGAGUGGUCUGCUGUGUUGCCGGAUCAGCCGGAGGGGCCGCAGGCGGCGCAGGAAGCACGGGGGCAGCCGCUGGAUGAGAGUGAUGAGGAGAGCGAGGUGAAUGCACUGGACUGGCGGCGAGACCCGAACAAGAGCGAACAGAUGACGAUGUCGAUGUCCCGGGACUUCUCAGCCCGCAUGCGGUGGCAGGUGGCUUUCGCCAAGGUCCGGGAGAUGACCAACGUCUCGCGGAAGCGGCAGCACCGCGUGGCCCUGGCCAGCAAGGUGAAGGAAUACCUCAUGUUCCACCACAGCAGAGGCGCGUGCAGCCGCAUGAGCCGGCAUAUCGAGAACUACGACCGCUCCAACCUGGCGGGCACGGAGGUUGUGGAGUCGUUAGCAGAUGCGGUGCCGGAGGCGGAUCGCUGGGUGAAGAAUUUCGAGGACAUGAGAAAUGCCUUGGAGCCAGUAGUGCAGAGUGAUCAGGCCCGGAAGUACGACAUGAAUGAGCUGGAGCGGAUGAUGCGGAUGAAUCAGCAGGACGAACGAGUGGCUGGAAGCCCAGCAGAAGAAGACGGAGGAGAGAUGCUCACGGCGCACAAGCGCCUGGUGGGGAAGACCGCCUCCAGCCUGGCGGAGUCGGUGCGGAAGGUCAAGGAGGUCUUGUCAGCGCUGGCGGCAGAGAUCGCCGAAGGCCUCCAGCGGCACGCGGCGCUGAAUUUGGAGCACGAGGCCUUUGAGGCGGAGAUGUUCGAAUUGUCGCGGCGCCAGAAGACGAUGCUGACGCAGAUCGAAGACUUUGAAGCCCGCAAGAAAGAAUGCAAGGACGACCGUUACAGCUUCGAGCUUGAAAAGUUGAAGGCGGAGUUCUCCAAGCUGCGGCGGGCCGUGGACAGCGGCAAGCUGCAGGUGGUCAAGGACAAGGACCGGUGCAGAGAAAUCAUGUGGGAGGUCCAGGACCAGGUGAGCGUGCAGAUGAAGGACAAGUUUGAAGUGAUGUCCAGCGUGCACAUCCAGCGAAUCCAGAGAUUCUGGAAUGUUCAGCAGAGGCAUCGAAUCAUGAGGCAGGCCUCCGCGGAGAAGGAGAUCCGGGACCUGAGGCGCAAGCUGGAAGAGCGCCGCAGGUACUUGCAGGUGGCGAAGGCGCGGCAAGUGGUGGCGCAGAGCCGCGCAGAGGCCACAGAGGUACAGCUCUUGCUGCUGGAGCUUCGCUUGCGCGCCCAGGACCUGGAGGGGGGCUGCCCUGCAGAACGAAGGACCUUCCGAAAGAUGUGGUCAUCGGGCGACCUGACCAUGACGCCACCAACAGGGCUCCUGGCACUUCUCGCGGAGGAGCUGCAGAUCCAUCGCGGCUGGCUCACAGAUCGAGGUCAGGAGCUGGCAUUGGACGCGCGCAGCUUUCUCGUGCAAGGCAAGCUGGUCCUGGCCACACCCAUGUCUUUGCUGACCUUCGUUUGGCAGAUGCUGAUCGAAGCUGGAUGCAAGUCGCGAGAGAAGCUGAGCCGAGUCUUCCGGGAGGAGCUGCAGAGGAGUCGAGAAGAGGUCCAAUCAAUGGUUGAAGACGUGCAGGAGGUCUCUCUGCAGCUCUUCGACGCCCGAGAGGUGCAGAAGGCGGUGGAGGGCGCGCUGGGCUCUCUGGAGGCCACGCGGCUGAAGCAGCAGAGCCUUCAGAAGAGCUGGGACCACAUCAGCGAGCAGAUCUCGGGAUGGGUGAGGGACGAGCUCUCUGAGAAGCUGGAGGACCUGGAUCAGGGGCUCAGCUUUGCGGAGACCUCCACUCGCUGGCUCCGGGAGAUUGAGACGCACCGGGUGAGCGUUUGUGACGUCAGCGGCCAGGACGCCGCGUGGCUGGCGGAGCUCUCGGAACGUUUGGGCAAGCGCUGCGGGGAGCUGCGGGCCGGCCAGGCGCUGCUGCAGGCAUCCAAGGGCCAGCAAGCGGCGCAGGCAGUUGGUGGCCUAUUGCUGGGCAUGUCAGAGGUGCUGGAUGAGGAUCUGAUCCAGGGGGGGGAGCGGCUCUGCCAGCGCCUGCAGCGAGACAUGGUGAAGCGCGGACACCUCCACGGGGAGAUCACGGCCAUGUACAGACGACUAUCCCGGCAGGAGGGCGUGGAUUCUUCGUGGCAGGAGCAGGAUCAGGCCCAGGGCACUUCGGCGAUGUUCGAGGGCGUGGGAUCCCUGAACUUUCUGUUGGAGGACAGGUGCAAAGAGCAGGUGUCGCCCGGUGAACUCCUCAGCAUCCUUCACAGCACUGCUGCCCGCGUCUUCAAGCGGCGGAACUCCAAGGUCUUCGAUUGGGCCCUCAUGGGCCUGGAUGACUUGGACAAGACCACCUCCGAGGAGCUUUUGAAAGAGCAGGCCCGAGCCGAAGCGCGGCGCAGGGACAGCGUGCAGGUCUCCGAGCUGGUGGCGGGCCUGGGGCUGGGAGCGGAGUGGACGCCUCCCAGCGACCUCUUUGCCAGCAUGGAGGAGUUAUCCGUCGCCAUGCACUUGGCGCAGAAGGCUGUGAACGACUACACACCCGAGGCGCCAGCACGAAGCUGGGUAGCGCAAAGCUCCCAUGAGGCGACAGAGGGUGGCCCUUCUGAGGAUGGGAGGCCCACGGUGCCAGAGGUGCCUCCAGCUGCGAGUCCCGAGUCGUUGGGCGAGCUUUCGAAUUCCAGGCCAGCCACGGGAAUCUCGCGAGCUUCAAGAUCAGAGGCCCAGCUGCGUGACAACGGCGGCACCUCCGACGAGCAAACAGAGGCCCUGGCAGUCGAGAAUGAGCGGCCUGCCUCCCAGGUGGAUUCCAGGCACGUGCCGCCGUUUUCGUCGGACCUGCGAGCACAGGACCAUGCGCCGACGCAUCCGACGCCGGAGGCGUCGAGAGGCUUGCCGGAAGGCGGGCUGGAGUUACACAGCGAGGAGCCAAACAAAGUGCCGGCGGCUGUGCACGUGGAGCCGGAGGUCCAGGUGGCAAAUGCCCUGCACAGACUUGCAUACGGCAAAGAGGAAGCGAUCCCGGCCCAAGAUUUUGCCAUGAACAACAUUUGGGCUCCGGGAAGCCCAGCAGCCGACGCGCUGCACUUGGAAGAUGUGCCCGACAGGACCAGAGAUGGCUUUCCAGACAACAGUGAGGAUGGGCAGGAGCGACCGAGCGACAGGAGCAAAGUGCUGGAAGGUGCACAAGGUCACGCCAGCACCAGCGACACGUUGCCAGCUGAGCAGGCAACUCCGGUGGUGCCUUCGUCGGCUUUCGGGCCUUCCAAGGCGCCGAAGCUUGAGGCACCCGGCUCUUUGGAGGCCGGAGCAGAAGCGCGACACCAGGGGCUGGAGAUGGACGACUCGAGAAUCGGCCUACGUCCACUGGGCAACCUGAUUCGACUGGUCGACCUGCUUCAAUUGGUCGGCCCGAGUCAGCUGGUGAGCCUGCUUCAGCUGGUCGGCUUGAUUCAGCAGGUCGACCUUCAACCGGUCAACCGGGUUUAA